GAAGCUCCUACGCUGGUGAUCGAUGAAGAGGAUGUGACUGAAGAAUCGCAAGUGGUGGCACCUUCAGAAAUUCCGCUGUCAAAGGACGAAUUGUGCGCCAUCUACGAUAAAGCGCUCCAGCGACAUCAAAAGAUAGUGCUGAAACGCCAGCAAACAAUAGAUCAGGAGCGGUUGGGAGAUGAUGAAUUGAAAACAUCGGAAGCUUCUGCAUCACAAGAAAGUGCCACGACUUCUGCAGUGGAGGUCCCUCCGAAGAGCACUCCACGACAAAGGCUGCUGUCAUGUGGACAGCCGGCUCUUAUCGCUACAGAAGCUGAGUUGGAGAGCGUUAUAAAGAGCCUGAACACUGUCUUGGCGUCUUGUGAGCAAUCCAGUGAAAACCCGGUUCCAGUAGAAAAAACUUCGUCCAUUGACGAAGCGAGCGACACCGUGGAUAUCGCAACUCGUCCAGCUCGUAGUGCCACGUUUCCUGAAGCGCGAGACGAUUCUAAGGAACAUUAUGAAACGUUGGACGAUUUCGACUUCCGAGAGGAAUUCGACCGACGCUUCCGCCAAGCGAAAAACGCCACCUUCAGCCGGAUGAUUGGUCGACCGAACAAAGAAGACGUCGUGCAGAGCUAUCGUCGCAGAGGUCUCUUUGACAACGUUGACUUCCGGCAGCCACCCUCGGUGCACCAUAUCGCCUCCGUUGAUGGUCCUGUCAAUGCAGCUAAGACACAUACCGCAUUCUCAUUUGACGAACUGGAUCUGGUCGCUGAGCCGGAAGACAGCAACGAAACGAACAACAACGUACUCUCCCCAAACACUUAUCUGACAAACAAGAUCAUUCGAGCGGUUUUGGCAGAGAAACCACAUGUGCAUGUUUUUACUGAGGCGAUGGUGUGCGCCCGUAAAAAGCCUACGUCGUCGUCGUCGUUGCUUCCUCCACUUCGAAGUGGUUCGACGACG